UUCAUGUUAGCCAUAUUGGCAUUCACCGCAGCAAAGCAGUUAAAUCCUGGACCGCAAACAAUUAGCGAAUCCUCUUCAACAUCGAAAGCAAACGAUAAGAGAUAUGCGACUCGGGAAAUUACAUUGUUUCUUACACCAAGUCAAAUAAAAUCUUUGAAUGAAGCCAGAAAUUCUGCGAACAAGGAAGCUGAGGCUCAAUCACUUAAAGAUAACAAGGAAGCUGAGGCUCAAUCACUUAAAGAUAACCAACAAUAUACUCUUCAGGGCUACGGUCAACAGCCAGAGCAAACUCCUUGGCCGAAAUAUACGAGAGUAGCACCAGUUGAACAGCCUCAAGAGGAAAGUCAAGGUUUUAUUUCCCAAAACCCAUUUCUAUUCAAGACUAGGCCCGUCUUCGAAAAUCAAGACGGAGGUUUUGAGGCUUUCAACUUGUAUCGUGAGCAAAAACUUAGAGAACAGCAAAUACAAAAUAUUGAGGAACAACAAGAAAGGAAAGAGGGGCAACUUUUCAGACCAUACAAUCCUAUUUCCGAUCAAGCCCAAGAAGAAGCACUUUUACAUGAAGAAUUACAACAACACUGGAAUCGCCUUUUAGAACAUAACCGCGGCCAGCUUAAGGCUCUGUCUGAAGCAAAUGAGAAACAAAAUUCUGAAGAUUUAAAGGCGAACAAAGAGUCUGUGCAGUGGGAAUCCAACCAAUCCAAGGAGGAGGAGGAAACGAGAUCUGAAAUCGAAAAAGAAAUCCAAUUUGCUUUAAGGAAUAAUAAAGCUUAUGACUUUAGCCAAGAGAACUCUCGCGCAGAAGACCAAGGAAAUAACCAAAGGUCACCCAUACUUAUUCACAAAGAAGUGAGGGUCACUAAACAUCUUCCAGUACAUGUUGUACAAAAAGUAAAGGUCUCGGUGCCUACCCCAGUGCUCGUACCAGUGCCUGAACCAUAUGAAGUUAAAGUACCUCACCCAUACCCCGUGCCUUACGAAAUUAUAAAGCACAUCCCUGUACCAGUAAUCAGAAAACAUUAAAUUGUUAUGUCAAUCUUAAUUUUAAUAC